UUUCGAUUAAAUAGCUGGCAUAGAGCUCAGAGGAUAAUAUGAAGAGGACAGCAGUGGUACUUGUAUCCCUGCUCCUUGCUGUGACCGGGGCCAUUAAGGAUCCGGAUCAUCCCAACUUUCCGGCGCCAAGAACUUACACCAUGGCCACCGAGGAGGCAGAUACCCAAUUUUGGGUGGACAAGGCCCAGAAUAUUUUGGCCCAUAAACUGCAGACCUAUAAUCAGCUGAAUACGAAGAGAGCCAAAAAUAUUAUUCUCUUCCUGGGUGAUGGCAUGUCCAUACACACCGUGACGGCCACCAGAGAUUUUAUGGGUGACAGCAGUAUGCAGGUGUCGUUUGAAAAGUUCCCCUUUACCGGCUUGUCGAAAACCUAUGCGGUGAACAAGCGUACCCCAGAUUCGGCCACCACAGCCACGGCCUAUUUGAGUGGUGUCAAGGGGAAUUAUGGUACCAUAGGGGUCAAUGCCCAGGUUCCAAAAUAUGAUUGUUUCAAGGCCAAUGAUACCUCGACUCACACCGAAAGUUUGGCCAAAUGGGCCCAGGAUGCUGGCAAAUGGGCGGGGUUGGUUACAACGGCUCGUGUGACCCAUGCCUCCCCAGCCGGAGUUUAUGCCCACACUGCCUCCCGUAGCUGGGAAUAUGAUGGAGAAAUUGUUAAGGAUAAAUGCAGUCCUGAGAUAAAUGUUGAUAUUGCCCGUCAAUUGGUCGAAUGGCCUGUGGGCAAGGAGUUACGUGUGGUCAUGGGUGGUGGGCGACGCAAUUUCCGUGACAAGACCAUGAACGAUGAGGAGGGCAUAAAAGGUUAUCGCAGCGACAAACGUGAUCUGAUCCGUGAAUGGUUGGACAACAAGCGGAGCGAAAAUAAGUCGGCGGAAUAUGUGUGGUCGAAAAAGGGUUUGGAACUGGUGGACAUUAGCAAAACCGAAUAUCUUUUGGGUUUGUUUAGUGAUUCGCAUUGCCCAUAUCACGGGGAUUUGAAGAGAGAUCGCUUGGAGAACAGUGAUCCAUCGCUGAGCCUUAUGACCCAGAAGGCGAUUGAGCUGUUGAGUAAAAAUGACAAGGGAUAUUUCCUGUUUGUGGAGGGUGCCCGCAUUGAUAUGGCCCAUCAUAGUUCUAAGGCCCAUAAGUCUCUGGAGGAUACCGAGGAAUUUUCAAGGGCCAUUGAGCUGGCACGCAAUAUGACCAGUGAGGAGGAUACUCUGAUUGUGGUCACCUCGGAUCAUUCGCACACCAUGUCCUUGAAUGGUUAUCCGUAUCGCCGUCAAAACAUUUUCGAUUUUGCCCCCAGCUUAGCCGCAGAUAAACUGCCCUACACCAUACUCUCCUAUGCCAAUGGUCCGGGUUACUCGAAAACCUUUUCCUCGAAGACGGGACGGCGUGAUCUGCGACAAUAUGAUAACCAGGAUGCAGAAUAUCGUUUUAUGGCCACAGUUCCCAUGGGUUCGGAGACCCAUGGUGCCGAGGAUGUGGGUGUCUUUGCCUCUGGGCCCAUGGCCCAUUAUUUCAGUGGCAACUAUGAGCAGAGCAAUAUACCCGCUGUUAUGGCUCACAUUGCCAAUAUUGGCCCCUUUGCCGAUGAUAAACUUUAAUUCAUCUUUUGAUUGUCUAACCCUUUAAUCUCACCUUGAGUUUCCACAAAUGAUCCUAAACAAAUAAAUGCCGUUAGAGAGAA